AUGUUCCCUCGGCGAUUGAGUCGUUCGAGACGUGUGGGGUUGUCGACGUCUAAUGGUGCGAAAUCAAGACGUCGCAUCCAUCAUACGCCGCUGAGAGCCACAACGCGCAUCAUCCAACUUCAGCCACAACUUAGGUUACUAUGCCAUUGUAAACGAUGUCGACGCUACAAGAGAAUAAACCAACAUAUACACGACGUUCACACCUCGCAACGCGUAUUCCGCCACUCCAAGCUAUCCGUCACGAACCGAUGGUCCACGUUGCAUGCAAACUGGGCGGAAAAAAGUGAAGAUGGAAACCUGAGGGGCACGAGUGCGCCGUCACAAACAACCUGCGAAAAAAGAAUACAAGCAAAAGACUUACCGGUGAACGAAGACGACAAUGACGAGGCCGACAAGGAGAGGGGAGCGGACGUUGAUGACGAAAGGAGAAGAGGGGAGGAGGAGAGAGAAUGGUCUGCAGGGUUCGGAUCCAAGGAACCGGGGACGGAGGAUACGACCUUUGCGUAUCACUCGAAGAAUGGCUCCCGUUCACGAAAGCCGCAGAACGCUACAAGAAAAUACCAGUCAAGUCCUUCCAAAUCAAAAACACCAUUUUUCAAUUCGGAAUCGGGAGAGGAGAUGGAGGAGACGUUCGGCGGCCAUCUACACCCGAAUGAACUUACAUGCUUUGGUACUUCUGACGCAAUGCUGAAUCUGCAGAACCCUGACACGUCAAGAUGGAAUUUCCGUGUGUGUGGUUCGAGCGCGAUGAAGAAUCGGGGGAGGAGAACCAUAUCCUCACUUAUUGCUCGGAAGGAAAAGGUACAUAAAGAUGUCAUUGCACACAUCUGGCAUACGGCGAAUUGGGAAUGUAAGAAAUGUGUCAGUUUCGCCAAUUCGUUUCAAGCGCGAUGGAUACGGAAUUGGGGAAGGGGGAGGAAGUUAUCAUUCCAUUUACCCUUGGACGAAAAUGAUGCGUUACGAAUGGAGGAACUUAGAUGGCAGUUCGGAAUACUGGAAAUUGUAGAUACACAUUCAUGA